GGUGGAAGGACAGAGCCAAUCACGCAACCAUCGACUGUCUAUAAAUGACCUCUUGUUGUCAUUCCGACUUCGUGACAGAUCAUAGCAUAGCCGGUUUUACAUUCUGUGAGUAGACCGAUAAGAUUUGUCUUUGAAGGUAUGCAAGCGCUUACACUUGUAGGGUGCAGCUUGCUAUCAGUGAUAUGCGCUGUACUCGGAAAGAGGGGCGUGGUCACAACACCAACUACUGUUAUGACGUCCACGGCCUGUGGUAAGGACGAUGACGUACUCCAGACGUGCUUUGUCUGUGAACAGCUUCCGUUUGGCCUGGGUCUGCCGCCAGACGACUGUUGCACGGACGUCACUGCCUUUGAAAUUUGUAAAAACUGCAUCGCCGAUCCUACGAAAUGUCUCACUGACUACCUGGCUCUCGUUAAUGGCGAUGAUCCGUUUGAAAACGAUGACCUGAACGAAUCUCUGGAUACGGUUAAAAAACGAUUUGGAAGGCUAUUCCUGGGUCCGAAACCAGUGUCGCGACCCACCGUGUACGAAAUACCAGUAACGGAGAAACGGUCCGUCGUUUUGGACCUGCCAUAUGGCGCAAAUGGAAACAUUUACAAACGCUGGGGAACUCUUAACAUGGGUAGCAGAUACGGAUCCAGUAAUCUAGGAACAUUAUGGAAGCACUACAACUCGCCUCAUAUCCGCAAGCGAAACGCUGUGCUAGGUGGCCACUACGAGCAAAACGUGUAUGACACACAUGCAUCAACAUAUCCAGAUAAUUCAUUGGACAAAAGAUACGGCACGUUGAAUCUUGGAAAGCGAUACGGUACUUUAAAUCUUGGAAAACGAUACGGCACGUUAAAUCUUGGAAAACGAUACGGCACGUUAAAUCUUGGAAAGCGAUACGGCACGUUACAUCUUGGAAAGCGAGAUGGCACUUCAGAUCUUAGAAAGAGGUAUGGUACCCUCCAUCUUGGUAAAAGAGACAGUCUCCCGAACGAAGAGAAGCGGUAUGGAAUGUUGUACCUAGGAAAGAAAUGGGGUACCCUUGGAUUGAAGAAGAAAUGGGGUACGCUAGGGUUGAAGAAGAAAUGGGGUACACUGGGCUUGGGAAAUACCCAUCACUACGUUCCUACCAAGAGAGAUACAGCAUCGUCAGGAUCGCUCGACCAUGUAGAUAAGCGAUAUGGACGACUCUUUCUCUAGUCGUGAGACAACUUUCUUUGUCCGUGAGAUGAUCUAUUUCUGUGGCUGUGAGAUAACUUUGUUCAAAAAGAAGACCUUUUUUUUUAGACGUGAAACAACUUUCUCUAGCCGUGGAUUAAAUUUUAUUUGUCGAUCCACAAUUCCAUAAGUUGACUUCAUCUAGCGUGAGAUGACCUUCUCUAGUUGUGAGGUGACAAUUGUUCUACUCUAUAAAUUUAGUAUGAAAAACAAAUAUAUAUAUAUAUAUAUAGCUGUGAAAAUACUUUAUUGUGAAACAUAUCUUGCUCUAGCUAAAAGACAGCACGGUUUACUUUAGAGCAUUUGGUGGUGGUUUCUUCUCGUUACAAGCUAAACUAAAUUGCUUUUACAUGGUGAUUUCAAAAUCACUCAUGUUGGUGUUUUUUUGUUGUUUUUUCUGCAAGUAACGAAAAGUCGUUUAAACUGUGUGUUGAUGUCAACCAUGAAUGAAACGGGUUUUAACUAAGGACUUUUCCAAAAAUGAUCGCAAUGGGGUCAGAGGAGGGUGUUUGUUGGAGGAAAUUGUUUGUAAACCCAUCACCCACAAAAUAAAUUUGUGUGUUGAUUGUAACCAUGACUGAAACGGGUUUUAACUAAGGGCUUUUCCAAAAUUGACCACAAUGGGGUCGGGGGAGGGUGUUUGUUCGAGGAAAUCUUUUGUAAACUCAACACCCACAAAAUAAGUUUGUGUGUUGAUUGUAACCAUGACAGAAACGGGUUUUAACUAAGGACUCUUCCAGAGUUGAUCACAAUAAGCGGAAGGGGGUUCGGGGCUGGAGGCAAUUUGUUUGUAAAUCCAACACCCACAAAACAUAAUUUUAUUUUUAAACAUGUAUGCACCGAGAAAACAAACUGCAUACGCCCCGCCAGGUAUAAAAUAAUAAUUAUACCCCUCACCUCCGUCAUGGAACAGCCCUAAAUGUAUUUGUAUAUUUAUCUGGAUUUAUUUUUUCAAAGGUUAAUUAACUUAACUUGGAUAUUGGAUACAGAUAAAUUAUUAUUAUUUAUGUUCAAGUAGACGUUAAAGUGUUUCGAGUUUUAACCAAGUUGCUGCGAUGUAGUUUUAUUGAUCAACGAGAACCUAUGUCUUGACUUUAUUUAUAAUCAUUCAAAGACUAGAAAGUUAAAAGUUUGUUUUGUUUAACGACACUACUAGAGCACAUUAAUGUAUUAAUAAUCGGCUAUUGGAUGUUAGACAUUUGGUAAUUUUGACACAAUCUUAGAGGAAACCGGCUACAUUUUUCCAUUAGUAGACAGGAUAGCACAUACCACGGCCCUUAAUAUAUCAGUCGUGUCAGACUACAAUUUAACUACUCCAGAUUUAAUUUAAAAGCGGGACUUUCACAUCGCCAUCAUAUAUAUAACUGUUUACUAAUUCAAGCAUAUCGUCAACUAUUUUAAGUACAUGGUACGAUAAAUCGAAAAAUAACCCGUUUCCAAUGCUGCGAUAUGGAUAAAAAGAGGUGUUUUUUUAUAUGUGAACUAGAUUGGAUAUAAAAACCAAAGAUAAAAAGUUAAUGGAUGCAUCAGAUCACAUGAAGAAGAACUUUUAAAUACGCGUACUUAAAUAUUAAAAAUAUUCUUUAAACUGCAACUAUAAGUAUGUACACGCUCACACGUACCUGAUGAUUCUGUUCUUAAAAAAUGCGUUGUGGUUUGAUUUGCGUUAUACUCAGUCACUGGCUGUUUGCGGACAUUAGACUUGUAAUAUGUUAUACAUAAUACUGUGUAUCAAAACAAUCGUUUUAGUAAAAAUCGUUUGUUAAUAGAAAAUGAGUGUGAUGCGAUGUUGUUCAUUAUAACACGGGUUUCUUUAAAUGGAGUUGUCAUUAAUAUUGUGGUUACACUGGUUGUAUUAAAUCUGUUUUGUCGGGUAGUCUGCAACCUAAAAUGUUAUUGGUGUCGUAUCUCGAUAUUUACACAGAUUAAAAUACGAGUGACUUCGA